CACACACAUACAUGCACACACAGAGCCACACACCCACACCUCUUCUGUGCUCAGGGACGUGGUGUUCAAAGGUCCGCUCCCUCAAGGCCGGUGUGAGCUGUGGCCUGUGUGUGUCGCGGCCGCACUGGAGGGGAACAUGUCUGCCACACGGGGGGGGCUCACUGCAGGGUCUCUGCACUGUCACCCGGGAGACGACCGGAUCGUUACCGAGGACGACCCACAGGGCGGCGGGGGCUCACACACUCCGCAGGCCCAGAGAAACGGCAAGGAGAGGUGCUCAAAGAAAGUCCAUGUCGCCUUUCUGCCCGAACGCUACGAGCCGCUGAUCGAAGAAGACGAAAUCAAGGCCGUAACAAAGCAGGACAGGAAACUGAAAAAGAAAGAAAAGUACAAGAGGUACAGAAAGAAUGUUAGAAAGGCCCUGAGGUUCAGCUGGAAGUGCCUGGUUGUGGGGCUGCAGAGCUUCGCUGCAAGCUACUCAACGCCUGUCUCUGCAGCCACUGUCCUCAUGACCAACCCGAACAGAACCAGAACCUGAUCCACUGUCCUCAUGACCAACCCGAACAGAACCAGAACCUGAUCCACUGUCCUCAUGACCAACCCGAACAGAACCAGAACCUGAUCCACAGUCCUCAUGACCAACCCGAACAGAACCAGAACCUGAUCCACUGUCCUCAUGACCAACCCGAACAGAACCAGAACCUGAUCCACAGUCCUCAUGACCAACCCGAACAGAACCAGAACCUGAUCCACUGUCCUCAUGACCAACCCGAACAGAACCAGAACCUGAUCCAGUGUCCUCAUGACCAACCCGAACAGAACCAGAACCUGAUCCAGUGUCCUCAUGACCAACCCGAACAGAACCAGAACCUGAUCCAGUGUCCUCAUGACCAACCCGAACAGAACCAGAACCUGAUCCAGUGUCCUCAUGACCAACCCGAACAGAACCAGAACCUGAUCCACAGUCCUCAUGACCAACCCGAACAGAACCAGAACCUGAACCAGAAAAACACCUUACUAAAACUCAGGGAUUGCACCUGUGACUGGAACAAGAGCCAACAUACACAGAGAGGCCCAGGACUGAUGUUGGUAACCACUGCUUUAAAUACAUAAUAUCAGUAUGUAUAAUAUCAGUAUGUAUAAUAUCAGUGGCUGAUUACAUAGCUCCAUUACACAGCCCUGUACGGCAUAGAUGGCAAUAAUGUGUAUUUCUUACUCAUGACAUUAAUUGUUAAGUGUUAAUUUAUUUAUUUGAUUCUGUAUGCAAUAUUUGACCAUAUGUUAACAUAGUCUUGCUUUAUCUGAAAAUACAUGUGUUUACAUCCGUAAUGUAUAAAUUGUGAAAUGAAUUAAGCUAUCUGCUCCCCGUGCUCUUCAGCAGAAUGUUCCAUAACUGUAUGUUAUCCUUCCAUUACUGUAUGUUAUCCUUCCUUAAGAUGCAAAACGAAUACUCGUGAUUUGAUGUGUGAUGUGUGUGAAAUGAACAUUGUGUACUGUAGAUACGUGAAGUGAGAAUGUUUACCUG